UUCUAGAUUUACAUGGGUCAUAUUCUUACAUAGUAAAGAUGAAACUUUUGAUAUGUUUAUGACUUUCUUGAAAAAGGGCUUAAUUAGGCUAGAUUUUAUUUCUACUGAAUGUCAAAUUGCUGAUAUAUUAACUAAGCCUUUAAGCAGAGACAAGGUAUAGUACCCCGUUUACAAAAACGGAGUACCGUAUCACUCUUGGAUGCCUCCCUCAUAUUCUGUCUUGCAUGCAAAAUACAGAUUAAUUUCCCUGCUCUAAUGAUUGAACACUUGAAUUUUUAUGCUCAAAAGACCACAAUUCCAUAUGGCUCUUUCCUUACUGUGUUGUUCAAAUCUUUUGGUAUUGAUGUUGAAUGUGAAUCCCCAACAUAUCUCAAACCCGAUAAUAUCCUCUCUGAACAAUCAUUACUUAGACUGAGUCUUAGGCUUACAAAUGGCAAAGUAUGUUUUGUGCCUCGGAAAGGAGGGGAGAAAAAGAAAGGGAAAGGGAAAGAAGCUGAGGAAGAAUGUGAUGCAAGUGAUGAGGAGGGCGGUGACCAGGGUAGUGAGGAUGCUAGUGAGGGUGCUACCACCUCCAGUGAUUCUGAGGGAGAUAAGGAAGAAGAAAAAAGUUCUAACGGAGAGAAAAACAAAGAAAAAAUACUUGAGGGAGAUGUGCAAGGAGAAAAACAGGAAGAUUCUGAGGGGGAACAUAAGGAAGUGUCUGAGGGGGAAACUCAAAAAUCUGACUCACAUGAGGGGCAGGGAACUGAUCAAAGUGAGGGGGAACAUACCACAGACUCUGAGAGCACAGCUGGACCACCUGUCAUUCCUGUGUCUACAGGGGGCCUUAGAAGAAGUAAGAGGAAUGUGGUCAAGCCUGCCCUUUCUACUACACACCCUGUGACUGUAGAAACCAUCAGCUCCUCAGACAAAUCUGAUCCCACCUUCACACCUACCCAAGUUCCCUCUUCCACUGAACCCUCUUCUAUUCCCGUCUCACCUACUAGGCAGCCUCCUCAUUCACCUUCUCCUCCUCCAUUUCAGCCUACUGGCUUUGCUGCUUUCUCUGGAACUCGUGUGUCUGUUUAUGAUUUUCAACAGGUUAAAGCAGAUAUGGAGAAGUUGACUACCCUGGUGAGCAAGAAACUGGAGGAAAUGGCCUCGGAAUUGCUUUCUCUUAAAGGCCAGGUGCAGGCUCUGGCAGAAUCUCAAGCAACCGGAUUUGCAGGCGUGGAGGCAAAGCUUGCACAGGCUGAAGGCAAGUUUAGUGAAGGCAACAAGGAGAUCUUGGAAACUAUCAACAAAGUAGCCUUUGAGGAAGUCGAGGAAGACUCUAUUGAUCCCACAAAUCCAACCCUUGAUCCUACCAAUGCAGCCUCUUAA